AGUAAUGACCAUCCGAAAAUAAAGUUACAGUGUCAAAUCUGCUUUAAAUAUUUCAAGAGUAAAAGUAAUUUAAACUCGCAUUUAAUCGUUCACAGUAGCAUAAAGCCAUACCAGUGUGAAUUCUGCGACAAAAACUACUCCUGGAGAAAAUUAUUGUUUCAACAUAUGAAAGCUAAGCAUGGUCAAGAACCGUUUCAAUGUGAAAUUUGCAGCAAAAAUUUUUUCAGUGAAAGUGAUGUAAUUAAUCACAAAAAAACAACUCACAAUGAUGGAAACCCGUUCCAAUGUGAAAUUUGUAGCAAAAGCUUUAUCAGGAAGAGUUUAUUAUUGCGUCACAUGAAAAAGCAUACCAGUGAUCCGACUUGCUCCGAACAUUUCCAGCAAAGAAGUGAUUUAGACAAGCAUAAAUUGACUCACAGUACCAAAAAGCCACACCAAUGUGAAAUAUGCAGCGAAACCUUCAUCUGCAAGAGUUCAAUAUUGUCUCACAUGAAAACUAAUCAUCCUGAGAAACUGUUCCAAUGUGAAAUGUGUAAUAAUAAUUAUUUUAGGGAGAGUGAUUUACUCGAUCAUAUGAAAAUUCACAAUAAAAGCUUCAAAUGUAAUGUUUGCAGCAAGGAUUUCUCACGCAGAGGUAAGUUUUUAGAGCAUCUGAAAACGCACACUGUUAAAACGUCAUUUCAAUGUAAAUUUUGCAGGAUAAAGUAUACCAAAGAAGGAACGUACAUGAAUCACAUGAAAAUUGUCCAUGGUGAAAAAUCAUUUCGAUGCAACAUUUGCAGGAAAUACUUUACUAGUGAAAAUGAUUUCUUACAUCAUAAAAAAAUUCAUAGUGGUAAAAUGGCAUUCGAAUGUGAAGUUUGCAGCAUAACUUUCUCACAAAUAUCUCUUUUAGAAGAGCAUGUGAGAUCACACAAUGUCGAAACCCAGGUUGAAUGUGAAUUCAGCAGAGGUACUUCUACAAACAACAAUCAAUCAGAUGAUCAUAUAGAAUCUGAAAACGACAACGAAACGUUUGAAUGUGAAGUUUGCAGUAUCAAUUUCACACGAAAAUGUCUUCUAGAAGAGCAUGUAAGAUCACACAAUGUCGAAACCCAGGUUGAAUGUGAAUUCAGCAGAGGUACUUCUACAAACAACAAUCAAUCAGUUGAUCAUAUAGAAUCUGUAAACGAAAAAGAAGCGUUCGAAUGUGAAGUUUGCAGUAUCAAUUUCACACGAAAAUGUUUUCUAGAAGAGCAUGUAAGAUCACACAAUGUCGAAACCCAGGUUGAAUGUGAAUUCAGCAGAGGUACUUCUACAAACAACAAUCAAUCAGAUGAUCAUAUAGAAUCUGAAAACGACAACAAAAAGUUUGAAUGUGAGGUAUGCAGCCAAGUUUUCACCCGAGACUGUGAUUUGAUAGAGCAUAUGAGGAUACACUCUGAGUUUCAGUGUGAAAUUUGCUUUAAACAUUUCAAGCGAAAAUGUAAUUUGAACUCCCAUUUAAUCGUUCACAGUAGCAUAAAGCCAUACCAGUGUAAAUUCUGCGACAGAAACUUCUCCUGGAGAAAAUUAUUGUUCCAACAUAUGAGAGCUAAGCAUGGUCAAGAACCGUUUCAAUGUGAAAUUUGCAGCAUCAAAUUCAUCAGAGAAAGUGAUUUACUCGAUCAUAAAAAAAAUCACAAUGAUGCAAACCUAUCCCAAACCUUCAUCUGCAAGAGUUCAAUAUUGCCUCACAUGAAAACUAACCAUCCUGAGGAAAUGUGUAAUAAUAAUUCUAUUAAUAAGAGUGAUUUACUCGACCAUAUGAAAAUUCAUAAUAAAACUUUCAAAUGUAAUGUUUGCAGCAAGGAUUUCUCACGCAGAGGUAAGUUUUUAGAGCAUCUGAAAACGCACACUGUUAAAAAGUCAUUUCAAUGUAAAUUUUGCAGGAUAAAGUACACCAAAGAAGGAACGUACUUGAAUCACAUGAAAAUUGUCCAUGGUGAAAAAUCAUUUCAAUGCAACAUUUGCAGGAAAUACUUUACUAGUGAAAAUGAUUUCUUACAUCAUAAAAAAAUUCAUAGUGGUAAAAUGGCAUUCGAAUGUGAAGUUUGCAGCAUAACUUUCUCACAAAUAUCUCUUUUAGAAGAGCAUGUGAGAUCACACAAUGUCGAAACCCAGGUUGUAUGUGAAUUUAACAGUGGAACUUUCACAAACAACAGUCAAACAGAUGAUCAUGUAGAAUCUGUAAACGACAAAGAAACGUUCGAAUGUCAGUUUUGCAGUAUGAAUUUUACACGAAAAUGUCUUCUAGAAGAGCAUGUAAGAUCACACAAUGGCAAAACCGAGGUUGUGUGUGAAUUCAGCAGUGGUACUUCUACAAACAAUAAUCAAACAGAUGAUCAUAUAGAAUCUGAAAACUACAACGAAACGCUUGAAUGUGAGGUUUGCAGCCAAGUUUUCUCCCAAGACUGUGAUUUGAUAGAGCAUAUGAGGAUACACUCUGAGUUACAGUGUGAAAUUUGCUUUAAAUAUUUCAAGCGAAAAUGUAAUUUAAACUCGCAUUUAAUCGUUCACAGUAGCAUAAAGCCAUACCAGUGUAAAUUCUGCGACAGAAACUUCUCCUGGAGAAAAUUAUUAUUCCAACAUAUGAGAGCUAAGCAUGGUCAAGAACCGUUUCAAUGUGAAAUUUGCAGCAUCAAAUUUAUCAGAGAAAGUGAUUUACUCGAUCAUAAAAAAAAUCACAAUGAUGAAAACCCAUCCCAAUGUGAAAUAUGCAGCAAAAGUUUUAUCAGGAAGAGUCUAUUAUUGCGUCACAUGAAAAAACUCCAUUCAAAUCAUGAGUUACAGUGUCAAAUUUGCUCCGAACAUUUCCAGCAAAGAAGUGAUUUAGACGAGCAUGUAUUGACUCACAAUGAUGAAAACCUAUUCCAAUGUGAAAUUUGCAGCAAAUAUUUCAAUGAUAAACUUCAAUUGAAUCGUCAUUCAGCUAGUCACGCAAAAGAAAAAACAUUUCACUGUGAGAUUUGCAGCAAAUCGUUUCAAUUGGAAAGUCAAUUGAAGGUGCAUUUAAGAAUACAUGCUGGUGAAAAGCCAUACGAAUGUGAAUUGUGUGGCAAAGCCUUCUUAAGGAAAGUUCAGUUGUCGCAGCAUUUGGGAAGACAUAACGGCAUUAAACCAUACCAAUGUGAAUACUGCAGCAAGUGUUUUUCAGAUAAGAAUAAUUUAAUAACUCAUAUCAGAAUUCAUACCGGCGAAAAGCCAUUUGAAUGUAACAUUUGCUUCAGAUCUUUUAGACAGCACUCUGAUAUAAAACGGCAUGUACGAACACAUACUGGAGAAAAGCCGUUCAAAUGUGAUCAGUGCUCUAAAUGUUUUAUAGAAAGGAAAAUAUUGAAUCGACAUUUAAAAACGCAUUCUGGUGAGGAAAGGCCAUAUCAAUGCCAACUUUGCGAUAAGACAUUUAGAGUGUCAGGUUCUUUAAAACAUCACUUAAGAGUGCACACGGGUGAAAGACCAUUCGAAUGUGAAAUUUGCUUGAAAAUGUUCAAAAGAAGAACUCAUUUGAACGUACAUAAGAAAGUUCAUACUAAGGCUGAGACACUAGUGAGACACCAAAAUUUGAACGUACAUAAGAAAGUUCAUACUAAGGCUGAGACACCAAAAUUUGAACGUACAUAAGAAAGCUCAUACUAAGGCUGAGACACCAAAAUUCUGAGCUAGUCGCAGGUCAUUAUAUUGGCCUAGAAUGCCCCUAAACUUUGGAUCAAACAAUUGGUGGGUGUGAGGGAAUGGAAAGUUUUAAAAUUUAUCUUCAUUCUGGCGCAAUUCUACGCAAUUUCUAUUUCAAAAACUAACAUCUCAAUUGAUUUGUAUGUGUUUAGUUGGCUAAUUAACAUAUUAAAUUUUGUAAAUCAUCCCGAAGUCUUCAGCUACUGCAAAUAUUGACAACAGAGCUACUAUCCAGAAAGCUACUUUCCAUCUAGCUGUUAACCCUGUUGUCAAUAUUUGCAUUAGCAGAAGUCUUCGGGGUGAUUUACAGCAUUAAAUUAUGAUUUCCGUUUAAUAAUGAUUA